AUGGCGCAACCGUACGAUUUCAUUAGCAAGAUUGUGUCUCUCGGAGAUUCGGGAAGCGGCAAAAGCUCCCUGACAAUCCGCCUUUGCGAAGGCCGCUUUGUCUCCCACCACGAUGUCACCAUAGGCGUCGAAUUCGGAUCGCGGAUUGUGCCCGUAGGUCCUCCAGCCAGCUUGCAGUACAACAUCAACAACCCGACUUCGGCGAGCGAUGCCCCGACAAAUCAAACCCCGUCCGCUGCCAAAGGCUCGAAGGGCAAGGUCGCAAAGGAGCUGGAGCAAAAACAUAUGAAACUGUCGCUUUGGGAUACUGCAGGGCAAGAAACAUACAAGUCAAUAACGCGAUCAUACUUCCGGGGCGCUUCCGGCGCCCUACUAGUCUUUGACAUCACUCGACGUAGCACGUUCUCGUCUGUGACGGCAUGGCUUAAUGACUUGCGCCAAAUUGCCGAAGAUGAUAUCGUGGUAGUCCUUGUUGGCAAUAAAUCCGAUCUUGCGGAAGCCUCAACAGUCUACGGUGACGACACAGCGCCGAACAGGAGGCAAGUCACGCGCCAAGAAGCUGAACAAUGGUGCAAGGAGAACAAAUGUGUCCAGUAUGUCGAAACUUCAGCCAAAAGCGGUGAAGGGGUUGAGCGAGCAUUCUUGGAGGUCGCAGAAAGAAUCUAUCAGAAUAUCGAGGCCGGGAAAUAUGACCUGAACGACAGAAGGAGUGGUGUCAAGGGUCCAGGUGCCGGCGGUGGAAAUGGAGGCAGAGGCGUGAGUUUGGCAAAGCCGGACAAAUCGGCCGCGAAGUCAUCGGGU